AUGGGCGACUGCGCCCUCGUCGGCUCGGCAGAGCACAUGAUCGGAUCUGGAUUCGGCCCUGCCAUCGACGCGCACGAUACAGUCAUCAGAGUAAACAGGCUGCCAAACCAGAGCCACGCGAUGGACUUUGGCUCCAAGACGAGCGUCUAUUUCACUGGGCACAUCAAGGAGAAGAAGGUCACGUACUCCGAAACGGGGAUAGCAGCCCAGUACAUUGGAGGCGCCACAGAAGCAUGCACUGUUGCGACUGGCGUGGGGUGCCCCUUCGCCUCCCUCGUCUUCAACAAGCCGCUGCACAGAGAGGCCCGCAUCGUCGUAGGUCGGCGGACUUCUGGAAUGGCUCGAUUUUCCCAUGGGGCCAGGCGGCGUGGGAAGCUCAGCAGGGCGCCGUCGACAUAUUUCAGCAGCGGUGGAACUACGCCAGGAAGCCGAACCGGACAGAUUUCCUGGAACCCACCAGCGGAUUCACCGCGAUCGUGCUCUUUUUGGUGGAUUCCCAUUUGUGAGAGACUGACACUGUAUGGUUUUGGUGGCUCUGGCACGGCUGAUGGUCACGCCCUGCAUGCAGUCAAGCACGACAUAGAGAAGGAACACGUUCUGACGAAGGAGUUCGUGGAUGGCCGUUUCAUGAACGAGGGGAGGCCCAAGCUGGACAGAUUCCCGAGUGAGUCGCUGCUGCAGUGUGUGUUCACGAAAUCCCAGGCUGGAUGCAUCAGACAUGUGAAGCCAGCUGGCAUGUAG